AUGCGAGACAUGGCUCCGCAGGCGUCACCCGUCUUUCCCAAGCCGGUCUACUCGAGAGCGGUGGUGUCCAACGAGCCGGGCGUAGGCAGCCUCCUGGUCUCCCAGACCAGCGCACGGCAGUUUUUCUGCCCCGCCAAGGACUCGCGCUUUAUCCAAACCCAGUUCGGCGGCGCGGUCCAAACUGUGUACGAGGCAACACCGUUCGACCCUAAAGAGGAGGAUCAGGAUGAGAGAUCGGUGAUCAUUUUCGGGGGGAAGCUGCUUCGCUACUGCCCCUCCUGUCCGCUGGCGCUCAAGACCAACCGUAUCUCGGUGCUCAAGCUCGAGGCGCAGUGGCAGCGUUGCGCAAUGGGCGAGCUAGUUGGGGAGGAUCCAGUAAAAGAGAUCGCGUCAUUGCAGCUGCUUCAAGGUGGCGACGAGUUGGCGGCGUCGGCGGCGGGCGCGGCAGGCGGUGGUCACGACGGCGUGGAAGAGCUGAUCGAGGCCCUGGCCGACGACACGACUCUGUACAAGAUAUCCCCGUGGUACUCCGGGGGGGAGCUAUUCGACCUGGCGCCCAUGUCGGAGGACGUCGCCAAGCCGAUAUUUUCUCAGAUCUUGGAUGCUGUCAGCUUCGUCCACAGCAAGGGGAACAGAGCGCCGUUGACUCCUCAGGGCAGAUGUGGCAAAAGCACGUGUGUGGCACCCGAAGUGUUUUACGACCAGGCUUUUGACGGCCACGCUAUCGACACGUGGUCUGUCGGAACGACCCUGUUCAUGGCGCUUCUGGGCGUGCAGCCUUGGGAGGAGGUCGGGGACUUCAAGUUCCAGGCGAUAGCCGAGGGCAAGAAUCUGGACGUGGUGCUACAGGGCUGGAAGCUCCGCGACGCCAUCUCGGACGAGGCCGUCGAUCUCUUGCAGGCCAUGCUCACGGCCGACCCAGAGGAGCGCCUCUCCGACAUUAAGUCCAUCCUUUCUCAUCCGUGGUUUCACCGCAGCACCAGCCCCGGCACGAGCAGCAGCACGUAAAUUUUUGUUUUCACAAGAUUGUAUUUUUGUCGUUGCCGGGCGAUAAACGAGAGGAGGCGCGCGGUAUUUUGUGUAAGGAUGUGUGGAUAUUCUACUGCCCUGCCCAGCCGGCUGACUGCUUAAAAUAGCGCCAGCUGUUGUAAGGUGGAAAGGAGUGUUACGUGUCUACGGCGGUGUGUGCUCGUCUUGUUGGCCACACCGUGGCAUCGGCGAAGCGCUGAACCACGAGGCACCCACCGAACAAGGCAGCGUUUGCGUUCGCUCGGUCGGCAGUAGAGUUUCUGUAUGCGUGUGGGGGGGGGGGAAGGUCGGUAAUCUGUUGCCACAUACUUAAUAUAGUACAAAGGAGGAAUGAAUGCUGGUUGAGAUAUCGAGACGAGAGCGACACUAGCGUAAACCUCCCGGUUCAUUUUUUGACACUGUUUUGGUGAUUCUUCGUAUCGAUGAGAGGCUCUGGGAUGUAGUUUUCCUAUUCAUAUCUUCUUUUAAGUUACACACGGCUUGGUUUGUAGAUUGAUCAAGCCGCGACCUGGAGGGAAAACAGGGCGUAUCUAUCAAGUAUCAGGCUAUCGGGCGGGGCUACUGAAAGAAGCCUUCGGUGCAGAGAAUAUAAGUUGUAUUUGCGGCGCGGUUUCACGUCUGACAUUUGUGUAAUCGGUCGUUCUGUUUAUUUUUGUUGCAUGCAUUGGAAUAUUACAAAAAAAGUAGGAUUCUUGGCUUAAACAUCGCGGCCACGAAGCCCACACACCUUGAAAUAUUAUCUUGAAUUGAAAGAUAAUAUUUGAAGCGUUAAGAGUAACUUUGAGUCUUAUCCUCGGUAAGUAUGACUUUGCCUUGAGAUAUGACUUGUCUUGGGUGGGCGACGGUACGCGCACGCCGUGAAAGGAGACCGACAUCGACUGCUGGCUGACGGUCGUAAGCAUGAGAGUCAACCCUGACGAGCGAUAUAAGCGCAGCAUGUAGAGGGUCUGUCUCACUUAGGCGCGCGAGAGAAAGCGGAACAACUUGUGGCGGGGGUUAGCAAAGUGUACAUUUUUGCAGCGCGCCAUGCGUGGUGUAGGCUCAAUAUGACGUGUCCCGAGUGUAAAGGUGUUGAGGGGGGGAGGAGGGGCGGUCGUGUGGGGGGUUCGUUGUCCCAAGGGCUUUUAGAGACAAGAGGGGGUGGGGACACUCAUUUCCUACUUCGGCGUUGUGCGUUUUCUCCCUGGAAAAGCGGCGGCAGAGGUGUAAAUUGUUGUGCAUCGUUGCCCGGCAACGGUUACUACUUGCAGAUUGGUGGUGUCCAGAGGCGUUGUGCCCGCUCUGGAUACACGUUGAUGCAAUGCAUGUGUUCCCUGUGCGUUGGUACCAUAUGUAUUUCUUGCGGGUGCGUUGUAUUUUUUUGUUUCUUGUUGUGCAUUUUUUGUAGGUCUUGUACGCAUGAACAUAGGGCUCGGUCAGGGAACAUUGCCGUGCCGGAGAACAGCGUUUGCAGCACGACCCGCGACCAUGAGAACGUGUGUUGGGUUGCAGUUUCUAGGCACGGCCUCGUCUGUUGUUUCCUCCUGUGGCCACGACGGGUGUGCAGAAUAAUAGGUCGUAGAGCCGGUCGCGAGGAGACACGAUCCCUGUAUUUUCCGCCGAACUUGUUUAACUUGUUGUGUUUCUGGACGGCGUAGGUGUCGAUCCGUGAUGUUUUGGCCCCACUCGCUUUCGCCCAACGGCCGUUCAUUCUGUCUUCAGAUUCCCCCCCCCCCCCCCCACCCCCAUUUUUUUGUAUAUACUCGUGCUCCGCUAUUGGAGGUGCCUUUUCGGUCGGCGCGCUUGCCGGAGCGAUGCGCGCUUGGGCAUAAUAUCACCCAUCACCUUUGGUUGGGCCUGUCGUGGGGCUGUGGUUGUUGCUCGCGUGGGUGGGUGUCGGCCGUUUUUUGUUGGUGUUGUGGUGGCGUAGGGGAAGGUCGGGGGGCAUUUUUUGACUUUUGUUCGGAUUGAUUUGACCGCCCGUGUACUCCACAAGCCUAAGGCAGUUGCAGUUGUAGUAGUUUCCCGCUCUAUGGAGCUGUUUAGAGCCAUAUAUUUUGACGUCAUGGUGAAAAGACUGCGUUCACGAAGGAUAAGGCCUAUGGUACCAUCAGGCUAUAACCGGCGGUCGCGUGUGUAUCAUGUUUUUUUUUCACGCCAAGCGUGCGAGGUAGAUGUGACAGCUUUUAAAAGAGUACGUGCGCGCCAGGUGUGUCGUGUAU